AUGAUGUCUAAACCAAAAGUAUUAUUCAUUGGUGAUCUUGAUGAAUCAUUACCACAAUUUCACCAAUUUAAAGAAAAUUAUGAACCAUUGGUAAUUGGUUAUGAUGCAUAUGAUACUGAAGCUUUGAAAUCUAAAAAUAUUCAAUUUUUUAAUACACCAAGCUUAGGAGCAGAUCAUGUUGCAGAUUUAGUAUUAUGGCAUGUUUUGGAAAGUUUUAGAAGAUUUAGUAGUUUCCAGAAAGAAACUCAAAAUUUACCACAUACUGUUAAAGUUCGUUCAGAUUUACAAAGUCAUGGAUAUGAUCAAAAACAUGGGAAGCUAGGCACUGAACAAACUCAAUGGGAAAGGGAAAGUUAUCCAUUUGGUCAUAUUUUGGGUGGUCAAGUUAUUGAAGGUCCAAGUGGGAGAAAUGUUGGAUUAGUUGGAUUUGGUAAUAUUGGUCAGAAAAUUGGUAAAAGAUUAAAUGCAUUAGGUAUGAAGAUUUCAUAUCAUACAAGAAAUGAAUUAUCAAGUGAUGAUGUUGAUAAAUUGGGAUUUGGUGUUCAAUUUUAUAAAAAAAUUGAUGAUUUAGUUUCACAAAAUGAUGUUGUUAUAAUUUGUUGUCCUGGUAAUAAAUCAACAUUAAACUUAUUAAAUAAAGAUAUUUUGGACAAGGCUAAACCAAAUUCAAAAUUCAUUAACGUUGGUAGAGGAUUUAUCAUUGAUGAGGAUCAUUUGAUAACCAAAUUAGAAAAAGGUGAGAUUGGAUUUAUUGGACUAGAUGUAUUCACAGGCGAACCAGUUAUAAACCCUAGGUUGCUCAACAGACCAGACGUUUCAUUGACACCACAUAUUGGAAGCUCAACAAAAGAUGUGUUUGAUAACACUGCUAUCUUUAGUUUACAAAACAUUGUUGAUUCCUUACAAGGGAAAGAAGGAAGAUCAAGAAUUGUGUGA